UUCGGGUGAAAGCUGUCUUCCCAGCGCCACUGGCCCGACAAAACGCUGCUGUAGCAGAGCCAGUCCGCACCGACCCGAGGCAGAGCACACACACGGGAGAGAGCACGUACGCACACGGGAAAUCUUUUUUUGUUCGACCGAGUGGCUUUGAUUUGCAUAUCCACUUCCACUCCUUCCUCAUUUGCAUACAGCAAGAAUGGCGAGCGGGCAUCCCACAGACAAAUUCAGUUUCAUGUAUCAACCAGACACGCACAAGAGUAAGAACAGGUUAUCUUCAGCUAUGAAUCCAGUCUACAGCCCUGUUCAGCCUGGCACCCCAUAUGGAAAUCCCAAGAAUAUGGCCUUUACAGGCUAUCCAGGAGGGUAUCCUGCCACGGCUCCCACCUAUACACCCAACCUUUAUCAAACAGGCAGUCCUGGGUAUCCACCAGGAUAUACUCCAGCAGGAACCCCAUACAAAGUGCCCCCCACUCAGUCAAAUGGAGCACCCCCUCCUUACACCCCAACCCCGACCCCGUACCCGACAGCUAUGUACCCCAUCCGCAGUGCCUACCCUCAGCAGAACAUAUACGCACAGGGAGCCUACUAUACCCAACCAGUGUAUGCGGCUCAGCCACAUGUGAUCCAUCACACCACCGUGGUGCAGCCUAACAGCAUCCCCUCCACAGCCCUCUACCCAGCCCCCGUCCCUGUACCUGCUCCUCGCAACAAUGGCAUGGCUGCCAUGGGGAUGGUAGCUGGGACAACUAUGGCCAUGAGUGCAGGAACUCUGCUGACAACGCCCCAGCACCCCCCGAUUGGAGCACACCCAGUUACUGUGCCAACCUACAGGCCCCAAGGGACACCUGGGUACAGCUACGUACCACCUCACUGGUAGAGCCCACCCAUCAUAUCUGGAGUCCACCAUCGUAUGCAACUGCUCAAAUCUUACACGAGCUCCCAUCGGUAACCAUGGGAACUCGGCACCUGUCUGCAAGAACAAAACUAAAGUGCAACAGCCACUUUACUAUUAUUGUUAAUGUUAUUAUGCGACAUUCUCUAACGUUUUUACAAAAGCUGCUUUUAUUUUUUAUUUCUUUUUCUCUGUUCAUUUGCCAACCAGUCAUUACCUUAUUUUGUAUCGUUAUUUUAUUUGAUUUUCCUCAUUUUCUUUUUGCUGUGUCUGUCAUUGGAACUCCAGAAGGACUCUUGACCAAUCACAGGUGUCGGUCGCUCCUGUUUCUGUGUUGUGCUGGUGUGUGUGGUCCUGCCUGCUGCUGCUCAGUUGGCUGGAAAAUAUUGGGCACUUAUUCUUCAUUAUCAUCUCCAUCGGUCACUACAAAGACUUAUUGACUUAUGCUGCCAAAUUUUCUAACGACUAGAUAUCAGCACAGGGUUUUAACAUAAUUAGGAUUUUUGUUUUUCGGGUUGCUGUAAAAAAAAUUUGAACUGUUUCUUUUUAUCACACUCAGCUGAAUUACUUCACCUGUAAACUUUUGUUCUUCCUUCCUUUUCAUCCGUUUUUUUUAACCAGUUUGUUUAAUUUUCAGUUCAAUCUCAGUCGUCUUCCAGCGCUUAGCUGUCUGUCCGGCAGUAGUCAGUCCAUCAUCCCCGUUGUUACGUCUCUGUGUGAGUGCUACGUCAGUGCUAUGAGCACUAACUCGCCAUCACCCGUCGUGCUGCGCGUCCCACAUUGUCCACAUUAACAUUGUACCUAGUACACUAAAAAAAAAAAACAUCAUCUACUUCAUGCUACAUACUAUGCAGGCUAGUAUGUUGUAACACUAUCGGAAUCUUAACCUAGCUAGAGAACAUUUCGGGGUUGUUUGGGUCACGUCAGCUUUUUUAUGUGGUUAGCGUAGGUCAGUGCAUUUAGAAAAAAAAAUGUAAAAAAUCUUUAUACUAACUGUGUCGACAGCAUGGGUGGUCACGCACACUUUCUCACACACAUACACACACAACACACGCGCAGGGGCUCCUGUGGUGUGUUGAAAAACACACGAUCACUUCGUGGCACUUACUGUACAGUACCUCCAGUUAUGUUGUUAACUGAUCGACACACACGCAAACAAACAAGCAAACGCAUACAAGACAUGGAUUUCUGGGGGUGUGCAUGGCAGACACAGCCAGCAGAGAAGGAGUUUAAAGGGAUUGUGUUGGCAGCAGGAGAGGAGAGCAGAGCAGGGAGGGACGAGGAGAGCAGACAGCAAGAAAGGAGGAGGAGAUGACAUAUUCACAGUCUGUCAUUUCGCUUCAACGUACAAGACAUUUGAGUUUGUGACAUCUCACCUGCAAGAGACUGCACAAACAGACAGCUAUUUUUGCACUGUAUGUAUUGUACAUUGAUUUUUUUUUUUCCCUCUCGCUGUGAUUAUCGUCUCCUCCUCCGUCCUUUUUCCAGGGGAGGACUAAUAACCAAACACCCCAUAAAUGAGAACCCAAGAAAAUUGAGUUUUCAGUUAAUAAUGGACCAGUUAAAUACACAAAUGUGCUAAUGAAUGGCUAGCAUUCACGCUAGUCCACUUCUAAAAAUGUACAUUGCAGCCGUCUGACGAGGAUGAACGCGUGCAACACCCGAUCCAUGUCAUUGUAACAGAUGUAAUUUUCAGAAUCGGAGUCAGAAUUUAGGUUCUGUUGCAAGAGCGAAGCAGGUUGUAUUUGAAGAAGUGAUGGUUUGUUGUUCAUAGCAGGAGUGCGUAUGUCUUUUUGCAUUACGUUUCCAUAUGCAAAUGCAUUUAAAUUCACAAUAUGAUGAUCCAUAUUAAGCAAACUCAUUCUGACUCUUUGUUUAUUGGUCCUCGACUGAAGAAAAGGGGUGGGGGUGUGAGGUGGUAGCUAGAGAGUGGUGGUGGGAUUUAAUAUUUAGGUGAGGCCUGUGGCAUUUUUCAGGAUUUACAGAAAAAAAAAGAAAAAAAAAACAAGACUCAAAUCACAACUUCAAGAUCUGUGGAGUACAGAUCGGUAUAACAAAAAGCAUUUACUGCGCGGGUAUGUGGAUGAAGUGGUUUGAUAUUGCAAUAAAAUAAGAGGGAAUGCCUCCAACAGUUAACACACAGUGAUUAUUUUAUCAGCGUUUUGAAUUGAUUUUUUUAAAUAAAAAAAAAAGCUUAUUGUUGUAAUCUCUAAAUAUGGAUUCAAGGCUCUGUAUGCAGCCUCCAUUCAAUAAUUAUUACAGUUACUGCUAAGAAAAGUAGAACAUAUCAAAAUUUGGGGUAUUGAAUAACAUUGUGAGGACAUAUUGCACAACGCAAGAUUUAAAAAAAAAUAAAAAAGAAACUUGACUAUACUACUAUAAUUUAAUGCUAAGUAACAGGUACCUAGGCUUUGUAGUGCAAGACAGAGGAAGAAGCAAUUUAUAUCAUAAUUAAAAUAAAACAAUAAGGUCGAGUGUUUGAGGUAUUCUUAGUCCAGAUGUUUGUACACUAGUAGGUUAAUUCUCAAGAAAAUAUUGCAUAAUGCCGCUGUCGGAUGAAAACCGCCUAUAUUUUAGCCCUAUUUUUAAAAUGACUCUUGUAUUUUAGACGAUAUCGCGUGGUUGUUAUUGGCGUAGGAGUCAGAAAGUGUUCCCACCGUGUAAGGAUCUUGUAUAUGUAAAUUUAAGCCAGUAAAACGGAAAAAUACAUACGCAAACUGGAUUUUCUUGCGACAGCAGUAAUGUUACUCUACAUUAGGAUUUAUUUAACCAACCACUACUUUUGUCAGUAUUUCUCAAUUAAAUUUUUUUUUUAAUUUUUUUUUCUCUCUUCUUCUCUCCCUCUGGUCAAUUGAGCAUAUUGGGUAUGCAUAAUAUUCAGGUGUAUUUCACUAUAGCAUUGGAUUUCUAAGUUUAAAAAACAUGCAGUAUAUUUAUACAGCAAGUGGUACAGUAAUGUAUUUCUAGCUAAGCAUGGUUGCAUCAGUGUGGCAGCUACUGUUUGUGCUUUUACUAUUUUUAUUUUUUUUUCUUUUUCUUCUUACCUCUUCUUCUGCAUCUCUGUCCUCUACAUAUCUGUCACUAAGGGGGGAGGAGUUAACACAAGGUCUGUAAAUACAUCCAGUUAGGACUUGUGGAAUUUCUUGUCACCUAAUUCCCACGUUUUUAUGAUUGUCGCCUGAAUUUACAGACGUUGAGGGAAGUAGAGGAUGAACGACAGAACCGAAAUGGAAAUGUUUGUCUCAACCGAGAAAGGCUACGGUCUUCCGUUUCCGUUCUGCAGGUGCAAAGAUACACUGAACGAUGUCUCGAAAACCCUCGGCCUCCACACCCUUUGUUCUGUGCCAUAUUUCACCAACUGUCGUUCAGUAAAUAUUAGUUUCUUCUCCUAAUUAACUGGUGAAUUCUGAGUCCUUGUUACGUCUAGCUUCCUGUGAAUCUGUGUUUUUCCGAUUGCUGUCCUGUUUCUCACGUCGUUGAUGCAUAUUGCCUGUCUGACUUUUUAUCUUACUGUAUCCUCUGUGUUUAUCCUCGUUUUCACUUUGUGCCCUUCGGAGGCCAUUUUGCAUCCCUCUAAACAUUUAGUUUUAUUGCAUUUAGGGAUGCAAAAUGAUGUUGGGUCAUAUUGUACUGUUUCCUCCCUUUACCACUCUUAUCAGUUAUUUUAACUCUCACACUUUUAUGUUUUAUUUUUUUUGGUCUUUUUUUGUGUUAUCAGUCCAAUCUUUGCAUCCCUCACCACCCCGUCUGCACAGCAGUCAUACCGAAUUACACGAUAGUCAUUAAAUUGGUGUUGUUACAGUCAUCUACUGUAUUUUCUAUUCCGACACGCCUUGUUUUUUUAAACACUAGAUGUCGCCAGUGACAAAGUCUGAAAGUGGCAUCACUGUGGUUCAAGGCUUUGAGCCAACAUGAUACAUUUUUUUUCCACAUCACUCAACCAUAAUUACAAUUGGAUGUCGCAUUUUCAGCACUGAGAUAUUUUGGAGUUGUAAUCUUUACCAAAUUAACGUCAUUUCGUUUCUUAGGACAUUUUCAGAAAUGUGAUUUUUGACAACAAAAGCAAGACUCCACGUAAGGUCUUAUUUGUUGUUCUUAGAGGAGGAGUUCUCUGGGCUGUGGACCAACACUCUUAAACUGUAAUUCUGUUUUAACGUAGAGGCUCAAUCGAGAGGCAGAGCCACAGAGCAUUUUGAGAUAGCUGAAGGUAAAACCAGAGUCCUGCACGGAGCAGGUUUUGUUUUUCAGGGUGGUGAAACUGCUUCCUCAUUUCACUCCAUUCCUUGCCUCUCAUUUAUUUCAAUUUGCACUUAAGCGAAAAUGGACGGCCGAACACUUGUAGUGUGUUCGGGGGAGCGGGAGGGGAGGGAAGGAGGGGGUGGUGGCGUGCAAAGUUGUCUUAAUCACGACUCUUUACUUUUCAUCCAUCAUCUUGUCCUCUGUUACAUUUCCAAACCUUGAAAGGUGAUAACUUUCAUGAGGAUUCCUUUGUUGUUUUUUUUUCUCCCCCCAUUGUAAUUCAAUUUUGAACCUUUUCACUUUGACGGUGAAAAUGUGACCAGAAGCAGUCAUAACACCUCUCCUCCUCUCCUUCCAUUCUCCCUCUUCCUCCCCCUCUCUUCUUUUUUGCCUUGCAGUUGCUAAGUCUUAGUUUUUUCAUGAGUAUAAAUUAAAACACUACUAUCACAGCGAAUAGUAGGCUCUUAAAUGUCUUUGAUGUUCUGCUGCAGCUUUUUUUUUUUUUUUUUUUUUUCCAAUUUGUCAGAGAUAUCUCUUUAGUUUAAUUUGACACUAAAUGUGAUGCAAAAAGUGGAAAUUCCUUGUCUUCCAAAAAAAAAAAA